GUAGUUGCGUUAGUAUAGUUUUGAAUGACAAUAUUAUUAUAAUCAUCACGAUUUUCGCUUCCAAGUUCCAUUCGUGCCGUGGUUGCCGCCGCAGCAUUGCAGACUCAUUGUUAUUAUUAUUAUUUCUGUUGUAGUGCACCUAGCCGCCGCCGCGGUCGUCGUUUUCACACCGUUGUCCGUGUGCGUGUGCCGCCGUCUGGCAAGUGCCGAUCGACCGAUCUCGCGCAGUUCGCCGACGCCGCCGUCUGUGGUCUCCAGUACGUGUGUAUGUGUGGUGCCGUGCGUGUGCGUGUGCGUGUUGCCGUUUCGUUGCGUUUGUUGCCGACGACGACACGUCUAAAUGGGAAGCGUGAACAACGCUGUCCGUUGCGGUUUCAUAUGUCGUCUGUGUUCGAAAAUCGACAAGCGCGUUGUGCACAUCUACGGCGAACUAGGCAGAAAAUACAAUUUGGUUCAAAAGAUCAGAGACUAUUUGCCCAUAAAGAUUAAAUCUUCUGAUGGUUUGCCGCUCACAUUAUGUGUAUCAUGUGUUCAAAGAUUAAAUCGCAGGCACACGUUGCAAAUGGCAAUAAAGCACAGUACUGCUCGUUUAGUAUCUCGCGCUUCAGUAGAAUCUACCACCGGAAGAGACGAAUGUAAUCAACAUCAACAAAUACACCUCAGCUCAGCUGUACAGUCAAUUUGAUUUUCGUCUUCUUUUAAUGUAUAUACCUAUUUUUUUUUUUUUCAAUGAAGACUGUUAUAAAAAUUGAGUUCAAAACACAUGAGCU